UGACCCUUGCCCCGCCUCCUCAGAGACUCGCCUCGCGCAGGCGCAGGACGCAGGGGCUGCCGGAGCUGGGUGGAGAGGGCGGGGCGAGGACCCGAGCACGCAUGGACGAUGAAAUCUCUGAACAAGAUGAGGAAAAGAAGAAAUAUGCUUCCGUCUGUGUUGGCAGAGAGGAGGACAUUAGAAAAUUGGAAAGGAUGACAGCUGUUGUCCAUGAUAGAGAAGUGGUCAUUUUCUACCACAAAGGGGAAUAUCAUGCUAUGGACAUUCGCUGCUAUCAUUCUGGAGGGCCCUUACACUUGGGAGAAAUUGAGGAUUUCAAUGGACAAUCAUGUAUAGUUUGCCCUUGGCAUAAAUACAAAAUCACUUUGGCAACAGGAGAAGGAUUAUACCAGUCUAUAAAUCCUAAAGACCCAUCAGCAAAACCCAAGUGGUGCUCCAAAGGUGUAAAGCAAAGGAUUCAUACCGUGACGGUGGAUAAUGGCAAUAUUUAUGUGACACUUUCUAAGGAACCUUUUAAAUGUGACUCUGAUUAUUAUGCCACUGGAGAAUUCAAAUUUCCAUCAGUUCUCUGUUCCUCUUACAUUGCUGUGUCCACAGAUUGCUGA